UCUCCCUCGUAAUUCCAAAGGCAUCACUUUUUCCCUCCUUAUUCUCUCUCUCCUCUCUCUCUCUCGAAGACUAAUUUUUUUUUGUCUGUAAGCUGUAACUCAUCUAGGGCAUUGAGUCGUAAACUCAAACCCCAACUCACUCUCAUUGAUUCUUUCACCUCACACAAAUAAAAAUUUUACCCACAAAAAUUUCAAAUUUGAAUGCCGUUUUUAUUCUUUCCCUCUUUCUCUCUCCUCCAUCUUCUCCCGCUUUGACCGCCUCGGCGACGACGUCCCUUACCAUUGACCCAUCUUCCCAUAACUUCAACUCCCCUAAAGGCUAAAAGAUAAUCAUUUCUUCAUUGACGCAUUUCGUCGAACACCUUACCUUUUGUACUACCAUGAAUAAACCCAGGAAACAAAGCUCUGAUCUUCAAACUCAAUCUUUCACUACUACUACUACUAGUACUAAUACUACAACUACCCUUCAAGAUCUAAGCAUUAAAAAAAGUGAUAGUGUUAGUGUUAGUGUUAGUGUUAGUGCUAGUGUAAGUCCAUGUAGUAGUAGUAAUACCGUGUCCGGAUCGGAAGUUUCCGGGUUUAUUAAGCCGAAUAUCGGGUGUUUGCUUAAAUUAGGUGAAAAUGGAGAAAGUGAGAAAAGUGGGAGUUUGAGUUUGAGUUCAGCUAGUAAUUGUAGCAAUAGUGUUGAUGGAGGUAAUAGUAAUAAUAAUAAUAAUAAUGAUAAGAAUGAAUCAAGUAGUAGUAGUUUUAGAAGUUUUUGUCCAAAUAAGCCUCAUAAAGGGAAUGAUAUAAGAUGGGAAGCAAUACAAUGUGUGAAAGGGAAAGAUGGUGAGUUGGGUUUAGCACAUUUUAGGUUAUUGAAAAAGUUGGGUUUUGGAGAUAUUGGGAGUGUAUAUUUGGCUGAACUUAGAGGAAUGGGUUGUUUGUUUGCUAUGAAAGUUAUGGAUAAAGGGAUGUUAGCAGGAAGGAAGAAGUUAUUGAGAGCUCAAACUGAAAGAGAGAUUCUUGGGUUGUUGGAUCAUCCUUUUCUUCCUACACUUUACUCACAUUUCGAAACCGAUAAGUUUUCUUGCUUGUUGAUGGAGUUUUGUAAUGGUGGUGAUCUUCAUAUUCUUCGUCAACGUCAACCAAACAAGCACUUCCCUGAACAGGCAGCAAGGUUUUAUGCAUCUGAGGUGCUUCUUGCCCUUGAAUAUCUACACAUGAUGGGUGUAGUGUAUAGGGACUUAAAACCCGAAAAUGUCUUGGUAAGAGAAGAUGGACAUAUCAUGCUCUCGGAUUUUGACCUCUCCUUAAGAUGUUGUGUAAAUCCAACUCUUGUUAAAGGUAGCAAUCAGCCCAACUGUACAAACACAUCAUACUGCAUUGAACCUCGAUGCAUUCAGCCGGCUUGUAAACUACCUGUUUGCGUUGAGCCCUCUUGCUUGCAGCCUUCUUGCUUCAGACCGCGCUUUUUCACUUCCAAGUCUACUAAGGUUAAAAGCCAGAGAUUUAGUUUUACAAAUCUGGAUUCACUUCCAGUGCUUAUUGCAGAACCUACCACUGCGCGUUCUAUGUCAUUUGUAGGAACACACGAAUACUUAGCUCCUGAAAUAAUUCGAGGAGAUGGGCAUGGGAGUGCUGUUGAUUGGUGGACAUUUGGUAUUUUCUUGUAUGAAUUACUCCAUGGAAAGACACCCUUUAAAGGCAAUGGAAACCGUGAAACAUUGUUCAAUGUGGUUGGACAACCACUCAAAUUUCCUGAAGGUUCAGCAGCAAGUUUUGCAGCUAAGGAUUUGAUCAGAGGUUUGUUAGUGAAAGAUCCUCAAAAGAGAUUGGGAUUCAAAAGAGGAGCAACGGAGAUCAAACAACACCCGUUCUUUGAGAGUGUAAAUUGGGCUUUAAUUCGCGGUAGUCUUCCUCCAGAGAUCCCAAAGCCUAUCGACUUAACUAUUUUCAACCACUCAACAAAAACAUCUGAACCUCCUAAUGAAAAACAGGGAACUUCUGAUUCAGAUAGGUCUUCUGGUCCUUACUUAGAUUUCGAAUUCUUCUAAUCUCUAUUUUAGUUAGGAUAAUCUUUGAUUAGUUAGGAUAAUAUAAGUGCCAUUUGUGUAUCCAUUUUUUUGUGUUCUUCAAUGAAAUGAGGCCCUUUUCCCCCUGCAUUUUAUGCUUGGCAUAUUGUUUUGGUUCAAAUUAUGUGGUUUGUGUAGGAUUUUUAGUCAUAGUUGAAGUUGAUUAGCUGAAUGUCAUUCUUUUUCCUACUAGAAAUAAAAGGCACAGGGAAAGAUGCUUAACUUUU